CUGUGUUCUGCCGUGGUUUCGGUUGAGCAUUCUUGGCAGUGUCUCGCUCAGGGAACAGCAACUGGAGGCUGCCUUUUUUUCUUGCCAUGUCUGGAGACUAAUUUUAAUGCCGCUAAGUCGGAGGGGGACCCUCGUCGCAAUUUUAUAAAGAUCUUUAUUGGACUUGAAACACUCUGAGGAGGAGGAAGAGGGCUGGUCCAUCAUGGAUCAGUGAAGUGAGCCCCGUGGAACAAGAGUGAUGAUUGUGGACGCUGGAGGCUGUAGCGCAGAGAGCACAGUGUGUGAGGUGCCCCUUCCUGUCUGUUUCUUGCAUCCCUCCUGACAUGGGAUGCCAGCUCCAUACCCACCUGGCCUCCAUCUUGCCCUGAGCUCCCUUGGGCGCCAUGAACAGCUACAGAGACAGAGGAGUGACCUGUACCUCCUCAGACCUUCUGGACGUGGGUGGUGAAGGCGGACCGCCUCAGCAUGUGCCGUAUCAUCACACGCCCAAUGGCCACCCGGUCCAUAUGGAGGCCAUACAGCUACGGGUCUCUGUACCCAAAAUGGGGGUCCGCGCUCGGAUCUCAGAGUGGCCCCCGCGUCGAUCCCAGUCCAGAGAGUCGCUGCUUGAAAAUGGGCAAUUGAGCAGCCAUCACACUGGCGAUGACUGCUCCACGUCGGUGUCGUCAUCGGCGCUGGCGUCCGACGUUCGGUUGGUUCGAGGCGGGGUGGCCCGGUUGCCGCGCCGUUGGUCCAAAGAUGUGGAGUUCCGAGGCGGAGCAUUUGUCACUGAGAGAGGUUCAUCCUUAAACCUUCGCGUCUUGCCCCCGCUGAGGCAACGCUCCAACAGUGAGGUGACACUGAGUGAGCAAGAUGAGAACGAGGUGGAUAUCCGUGGCACAGGAGCGAUGGGGACCUUGUUCAGAGAGUACGGCAGCACCUCCUCCAUCGACAUCCAAGGGAUCCCCGAGCAGAGCUUUUUCGACAUGCUCACCCAGUUCCACCAGGAGAGGCCCGACCAGCGCAGCUCAGCGCCCUCGCGCCUCAAAGAGCUACUACGUACGACGGACUCCCAACCAACCGGCACGCCUUCGCCCGCUUCCACACUGGGCGGCGACGAGCGAAGGAAGGAGGGAGGUGAGCGGGUCAGGAAGAAAAGCGGCGGCACAGAAUCUUCACUGGGGACCUCGUCGUUGUUCAGGAAGCUUCGGAGCGCUAAUCGAACGGAGCAGGAUGGCGGUAAAGGAGAGACGAGUGAAGAGGGGGGACGGAGUUCAUCUGAUGUCCCUUAUAAAGCUUGGGUGUGCCCAAAGAGCUUUGUCCACUACGAUGCACAGAGCAUCUUGUUUGACCUCCACGAGGCCGCAGCUCAGCGUAGCUACGUGACCCAGAGGAGGAACACGGCUACUGGGGCAUCCGCUGCCUCAGUGUCUCUUUCUGCGUCCAGGUCGUUGCAUCUGAGCGGUAAUGAACCUGUCUAUGCCAGCAUUGAGGACUUAACUAUGGGCCUCGACCAUAGCACAACCAAACCCUCUAUGGUUAUGGAACCCACGGACGUCCCCCCCGGUGCGCACGGCACAAGCCCGCUGCUCCUCAGCUGCCCGCACUUCCUCAAUGAGACAGGGGGCCAUGGGGAACGUAACGUAAGCUUCCUCAGCUCAUCGGCAGAGCGAGGAGGAGGAGAUGGAGUGAGGGGUUGGUUGAGGAGGAGUAAUGCCAGUGUUUCCAUUGUGGAGAUGCCGAUUGAACUGCAGGUCACGAGACUGGAGAGACUUAAGGAGUACAGCAUAGAGCACGUAGACCUUGGGGCUAGGUACUACCGAGACUAUUUCCAUGGGAAAGAACACUCAAACUAUUUUGGUACUGAUGAAAAGCUGGGCCCCGUGGCCAUCAGCAUCCGUAGAGAGAAACUCGAUGACACCAAAGACCUGAAGGACCAGUAUCAGUACCGCUUGAUCGUGAGAACCAGCGAGCUGGUGACACUGCGAGGGUCCAUCUUAGAGGAUGGGGUGGCGUCAACAGGGAGGCACGGCACGGUACGCGGCCUGCCCCUCAAGGAGGUCUUGGAGCAGGUGGUCCCCGAACUCAGCGUCUCUUGCUUGAGACUUGCAGUCAGCACGCCUAAAGUCACGGAGCAACUCCUUAAACUCGAUGAGCAAGGGUUAAGUCAGAAGCACAAGGUGGGUGUUCUGCUGUGCCGUGCGGGCCAGAGCACCGAGGAGGAGAUGUACAACAACGAGGAGGCGUCACGUGCCUUCUCUGCCUUCCUGGAGCUGUUGGGCGAGCAGGUGCUCCUCAAAGGUUUCAACAAGUACGCUGCGCAGCUCGACACAAAGACUGACUCAACAGGUACCCACUCCCUGUACACCACCUACCAGGGCUAUGAAGUAAUGUUCCACAUAUCCACCAUGCUGCCAUACAUGCCCAACAACCCACAGCAGCUCCUACGAAAGAGGCAUAUUGGGAAUGACAUCGUCACCAUCAUCUUUCAGGAGCCCGGAGCGUUGCCAUUCACCCCUCAGAAUAUCCGCUCACACUUCCAGCACGUUUUUGUCAUUGUUCGUGUAAACAAUCCCUGUUCGGAAAACACUUGCUACAGUGUUGCUGUGACAAGAAUGAAGGACGUGCCUCCUUUUGGUCCAGCCAUCCCAAGCAGCGUCACGUUCCGUGACUCUAACACUUUUCGGAACUUCUUGCUUGCCAAAAUCAUCAACGCGGAAAAUGCGGCGCACAAGUCUGAAAAGUUCCACACCAUGGCAACGCGGACGAGGCAGGAAUACCUGCGCGACUUGGCAGAGAAUUACAUCAGCAGCACCCCCAUGGACUCCGCCGGCAAACUGAACAACCUCAUUUCCUUGGCGUCAAAAAAACGCGAACGCUCGAAAGCACGAGACGCGGCCGAGCUGGGGGCCGCGGGGGCCGUCGCCUGGAGGGUCCUGGCCCAGGACUUCAGCGGUGGUGGUGCUGAGCUCCGCUGCGCCCUGGGCUUUUCCGCAGAAUAUAUCCUCCUGGUGGACUGCUCCACCAAAGAAGUGGUUUUCAACUGCUUCUGCGCCGACGUGAUCGGCUGGACUGCUGAGCGCUUGUCUUUGAAGAUAUUCUAUGGCAGAGGUGACCAUAUUGCCGUGCGGGUGCUUGAGGGCAGCGCACAGGAUAUCAGGGAAAUGGUGCAGCGGUUGAAGUCACUAACUGUGGGAUGCGAGACGGUGGAUAUGACACUGAGAAGAAACGGACUGGGCCAGUUGGGCUUUCACGUGCGCUUGGACGGCACCGUGGCUGAGGUGGAGGAGUACGGGUUUGCCUGGCAGGCGGGCCUGAGGCAGGGCAGCCGCCUGGUGGAGAUAUGCAAGGUUGCCGCCGUGACGCUGACUCACGAGCAAAUGAUUGACCUGCUCAGGACAUCGGUCACGGUCAAAGUGGUCAUCAUUCCCCCGUACGAAGAGGGCGGCCCGCGGAGGGGCUGCACAGAGGAAUAUGAGAUGAAGACCAUGGAGCAGAAGCCCGAAGCUGAGCCUUUGGCCGCGGGCUACCGGCCCUCCCCUCGCUCUGGUUGGCGCUGGGACAGCCCGCCCAUCCCUCAGGGGCUACACGGGACCCCCAACCCACAGCGGUGGUCCCCCAUGGGUCCCCCACCACCGCCUCCGUUGCUGCGUUCCUCCCACAAGGCUUUGAUGCCAAUUCCCUACAGAGAGCCUCAGCACUUCAAUUCUAAGAGGCCCGUCAGCUACCCAGAGAACCACUACAACAUAUCACCUGCUGGCUGUGACCGAAUGCUGCCUUACAGAAACCCCUCUGCCAGCUUCUCAUCACCCUCCUCUGGCCUGGUAGGCCUCUCUACUAUGGGGACACCUGGAAUCACACCGGGGCCCUUUGUGCGCUACAAAUCUUCUCCUGACAGAUAUGGAACAGGACAGCGCGCCCUGCUGUCCUACGAUCCUCACUGCAGCGUGGACAUCAAGUCCAGUGGAGAGUCAUCAUCUGGCUUCACCAGUCAGGAGAGCACCAUGGAGCGCUGCAAAACUGAACCACUCUGGCAUGUUCCAGCAGCAGCAUCCAGGAUGCAGGCCACUGCUGCUGCUGUGGGUGGCGGUGGAGGAGGAGGCCAGAGGAGACUCAGACAGGACGCCCAAGGCAAAGACUCACCAAACAGACACUCAAAGGGUGAGCCCCAGUACUCCAGCCCCUCCAGCAGCAACACACUGUCGAGCAACGCCUCCAGCAGUCACAGCGACGAGCGCUGGUUCGAGGGAGGCUUGGCAGCCGACAGAGGGAACGGGGCUUUCCCGGGCGACCCUGUCGAGCCCGAUCCGGAUCACCUCACUAAAGGCGGAUCUAAUGACAGUGGCAUCGACGCACCGGCCUAUUAUAACAAUCACAACAGUCGCCAUGUAUCUGGCGGCCAAUCCCACAAACCCUCGCAUGGGGCCGUCUCCUACAACCAGGAGCUGUCUGUGGGAAGGAGUGGUGGCGGGGCGGACGCCAAGAAACGGGAGUCAUCCACGGGCAUUUCUGCUGCCGCCAAUCAGAACAAAGGGUAUCGCACUCGGACGUUCCCUCCUCCUAAAUCCAGUGCUGAAAAAAUUGAGGCUUUCAAGCCAAGAGCCUACACGCCUCAAGGUUACGCGACUCCCACAGGAGACAAGACACGGCCAGUCAGAGCCUCAACCACCACGCCCACUUCGGCCGUAAUGGGCGCCAUCCCUCUCUCUAGCUCCGCCCCCAAGGCCUUUUAUGGAAAGAGCAGAGAAAGCAUCUUGCAGCCUGAAGACAUCAACCCGUCACCUUCCAAUGCAAACACCUCAUCCAGGUCCGACAGCAGCAACGGCAAGACUCAGGUUGACAUGAACUCGAAGAAUGUGUUCGGGCAACCGCGACUGAGAGCAUCCCUGAGAGACCUGCGCUCUCCACGGCGGACCCACAAGAGCACCAUCGAGGACGAUCUGAAGAAACUGAUCAUCAUGGACAACCCUGCAGAGUCUCCGCAGCGGGAUCCAGUGAGGACCACACACUCCUGCACGCAGUUAGACCAAGACUCCCCCAGGCGCACGUUGCAGCGCACCUUUUCCGACGAGUCUUUGUGCAGCGGUCGCAGGGACGCCAGCUUUGCCAAUUCUGAAAACCAGUCGGCCCCCAUGGACGUGCUCUUUACGUGCACUCUGCCCAUACGCAAGCACUCCACCUCCUCCACACACGCACAGCCCAAUAAGGUGCCGCUGUCUGCAUCAGAACUGUCCCUAACUGAGGUGAGAGACAAAGUCUCCACACUGAAGAGGCUAGAUCCCGGACUCAUGCCCCUGCCUGACACGGCUUGUGGACUGGAGUGGUCCAGCCUGGUUAAUGCUGCCAAAGUCUAUGAAGCACAAAGAGCCGUGUCACUCUUUUCACUGACUGAAACACUAGGAGGCGGUGUGGACAUGAGGCCUGCCAGCAGUCCUGUGCAGUUUCCCACUCCUCAGACCCCACGGACCACACCCACCAUCAGCAGCGACGAGAUACCCAACGAGUUGUCAGGGCGUCUCCACCAUCUGGAGGUGAUGUUGAAACAGCUCAACGAUGACCUAGAAAAAGAAAAGCACGACAAGGUGGCACUCAUGGCCGAGAUGGCCAACCUGCGCGAGAAUAACCAGCGCCUGCAGGAGGAGAGCGUGACAGCCAGUGAGCAGCUGCGCAAGUUCAACCGACUCUUCGGCCACUUGGGCGAGAGCGAGCACGCCGCGCACCCCGCCGUGCACCAGACGCCACCCAAGAGGGAAUGAACAUAACUGGACUGCCUUAAAACUGGAAAGAUUUCCCACCUUACACUUCAACCCCGCCCCAUCCCUCUGAGCCUCUUAUUUUUCUAAAUCUUCUAUGGUUUCUACGUUCAAGGAGACUAUUUAAAUCACCCGGAGAGGCCUAAACACUGUUCCUGCAAGCCAGUCAGCCAAAAAUGCCAUGAUAGACUACAAUUCCCAUGAUGCACUUGAAGUCCCGCAAGCGUUCCACAGUCUUAAGUACUGUACAUAUGAAGCCUGUAAGGUACACACUCGCAUAUCCCUGUAAUCUAUAUUGUAUUGAUAUUGUUGAACUACGAGAGUGUGUGCGGGUGUGUGUUUAUUGGGUGACGAGCAAUCUAGUUUACGGAAGACUCGUGGCCUCUCAUCGUUUACACUGAGGACCUUUAGUACUGGACAUAUUUGUAUACAAAUGCAUACAGAAUUCCCCGAGGUGGCAGCAGUAGUAAAAGUGUUUCAAAGAAAACACUGAGCAGCGCCUCCAGACCCCAACUGCGAACACAUAUUUUUUUCGCUCCUUAACUAGUAUUUUCUAUACAGUACUUUUGAGCACGAAUGAGCCUAUUAAGCAUUGAGCUAAUGCAUAGCACCAAAGCUAAGUGGUCAGGGACAGUCUUAAAUACUUAACGUUUCUUGCUAAUCUCGUCACAAUUUUCGUCGCUACGGUCAUGUCGCCACAAAGCUAAGUAGACCAGUUUGAAUGUUUUUCUAUUGCUUUGCGCGCUAACUGGCUGUGAGGUUAAUUAACAUUUCCCACUAUUGAUCUUUUUUCUCAUUGCGCUGACAUGUCAGGAUAAAGCUUAAGUGGAUGACUUUUAACGUUUUUGAUGGCAACUGGCAGCUUGGCUCACUCCUUGUUAAUAUCUCAUCCUUCUUUUACUGUAACGAGAAGUCAAGUGGUUGACUUUUAGGUUCUUCUAUGCCUUUGAGUGAGUGUUAAUUCUUUCCCCAUGUGUCCUUUAUUGUCAUUGAGUGAACACAAUGGCAAAAGCCAUAUUGGUCACUUAAUUUUUCCCCCCUGCAGCCCCUCUAAACUAGGCUAACUGUCACGUCCUAUUAAAAACGACAUGUUCUUUCUCCCAUCCCAAAAAUGCAUAUAUAUUCCCCAAAUUCCAAGCUAUUUCUAUACUUGGGG